AUGGAUCCAAUGAUGUUGACUCCUGAAAUUGAAGGAGAAGUUCAACAACUUGCAAUGGUAGUGGGAGAAGUCCUUAAUCCAGCUACUAGUCAACAGCGACGACAUGAAUUGUAUAUGAUUUGUGAAGAUAUUAAGGAGAAGUCUACGAAUUGUCCAAGAUUAGGUUUGGCACUUAGCCAGCAAAAUUAUCCAUCUCUCACUCGUCACUUUGGAUUACAAUUGCUAACACAUUGUGUCAGAUUCCGCUGGCAAAAUAAAAUCAGUAAUGAUGAAAAGGCCGGGAUUAAGAAUCGAUCAAUAGAGUUAAUACAGGAAAUUAAGCCAGGUGUAAUGGAAGAGAUUUACAUUGUGGACAGUAUAAGCCGAUUGUUGGUCGAGCUGAUGAAAAGAGAGUGGCCUCAACAUUGGCCGGACUUGAUGAAUCGACUUCUAGAUUUAUGUAAUAUGGGGCCUAGUCAGGUAGAAGUUACGCUAUUAAUAUUAUUAAGAUUGGCGGAAGAUAUUAUAAUUGGCCAGGAUACUGCUUUAUUGCAUCAAAGCUGUACAGUAAUGAAACAAGCGUUAUGGCCACAUUUGUUCUCUAUAUUCGGUUUAUUUUCUGCAACAUUAAAUGAAUGCAUUAAAUCAGUAAAUACGCAGGCAACAAAUGAAAAUCUUAAAAUUGCAGCUUCUGAGUGCUUAUUACAAGUAACUGGGAGAAAAAGCGAAUCGGAAAAUUGUCAAUAUCAGCCAUCCACUAAUCUUAAGAAGUACCUGAAUAUUAUUUUAGCUUUGACAAAUCAUCCUUGUCAAACUGUCUCAGCAAUUGCCCAACCUUUAUGGAUAUCAUUUAUGAGCUCUGAACAUAUAAGAAAGAAUGAUGUACUUCGUGAGAUUAUUCCUGGCGUUUUAUCCAAUAUACAUUGCCGACUUAUAAAAGUGAAUGAUUUAAACUCUGCACAAAUUCCUGGAAUUGAAUACUUGCGUAUGGAAUUCUCAUGCAACCGAGAUUACUAUUCUUUUAUGUCUCAGUAUAAAUCAUCUGAAAUUACGAUCAUCAAACUGGCCACUAAGCUACUUCCAGAGGCUGCGUUCAAGAAAGGAAUAGAAUGGCUAGAUAGCAUUAUUUAUCAGUCAAAUGAAGAUGAUGGAAGCCAUUCUUACACCGUCGACUCUACGCUAUAUAUUCAGUGGGAAGCUGUCGCAUGCUAUUUAGAAAAGAUGAUAGGGAUUCUUUUUGUCGCGGAUAGCAGUACGAAGCCUUCAAUAGCUAUGUGUAACGAAAUGAUUUCGGUAUUGCUAAGGUGUAAAAUAAAGAUAUUUGACGUUGCUAGCAGAUCCUUUGAAGCCCAAGAAAAACAAGCGGCUAGAAAUGAAAAUUGGGUUGCUGUUCGCAGAAAAGCUACGGGACUUCUAGUAAAAUUAUCGAAACAAUAUCCUCAAUUCUUAUUGCCGUUAUAUGAUGAUUUAGUAACCGCAAUUAAACCCUUACUAAAUCGGGAGCUGUCAAUACUACGAGUUACUGACUAUUGUAAUUUGAUCGAAUCAUUAUUAUUACUGAGUAAUAUUUUUUACAAUUUCGACCGCCACUGUUUCCUAAUCCACGAUUUACUAACUUCUGUUCGAACUGUUUGGUUGUCUACUGAAAUUAGAACUGGUUUUUCAACGCCGAGUGCUUUUUUGAAUUACAUUGGCUUCGAUUCACCAGAUACAACUCACGUUCAAACAGAGUGUUUAAAAAAUCGUUUGAAGAUUAAUUAUUGUUUGAGUAUCAUUUUAACAACUUUGAAAGCCGUUGAGAUACCAUCUCCAAUGACUUCUGAAGCUGCUACUCAAUACAUUCAUGGCAAUUUUGAAGAUGGUUCACCAAGAUACCGUUUACCGCAUGCGGAAUCGAUUUAUCCGCUUCUGGAUAACAUUAUGGUUUUGACAAGGUUGUUAAAUUCAUUAUACGAUGAUAACGUACAAAAGAAAUCCCAGUCCUUUAAUUUAUCCUAUAUCGAUCUUCGGCUUUGUGAGAAAAUUCAGUUAUUAGGUAUCCAUUCUCCACCGCUAGACAACGAAGAGUUGCUCCCGAUUGAUCCAAAAUUAAUCAAUUCCAAAAGUGCAGCGCAAAAUUUUUUUUUUCGAAUAUAUGAAAAUUGUAUUAUACAUGUUAGCGAACAAGAAGAUCAAGUUGAAAUUGACAAUCCUCUAAAUGAAGAGAUCCUUAAAAAUAAUUUACUUCAUAGUGCUAGCAAGGAAUUUGCAGAAUUUUUAGGAAUGUGCUUAACUUGCAACGGAAGCAAUUCAACAACUGGUGAAAGUGAAGGAAAAGCUGAGCUAUCAAAAGAUACCAAUAAUCUUGGGCAACUGGGCUUACUUAUGCUGCAAGAUAAGGGAUUACAAAUUCAUGGGUCUAAUAAUAACGCGAGGCAAUCGCUUAUCCACUUGAGCGCUAGAUUAUACGAACUAGGGAGAAAUAGGUAUCCAUCAUUGAAAAAUUUACUUUUAAAGAUACCUGGAAACUCCGUAGAGAGUAUUGAGCAUUUUGAUACGAUAUUGCCAACUAUAUCGGAAAGAAAGAAGAAGGAUAAAAUCUUCAAGGAACUGGUUAAUAAUGUUAUCGGGAAAGAUAUCAGCGAUCUAUUUAAGCGAGAAUUUAUUUCGACUGAAUACAUGCUACCACCACAGCAACGAAAGACUAAAAAAGUGGAUAGCGGUGACGUCUUGGAUUCAGAUAGUUCUAAUAAUAUUUUACUCAGCCUAUUUUCUUAG